AUGCUGACAAGAGCUGUCAUAGAGACGUUACUUUUCCUAAGGAAUGGUUUCAAGUUUCACGAUUCUAUCAACUACGAGUUUUUGGAGGGUCAGGAAAGUCAAGCUAGACCCAAAGGUACAAAUCUUCCCGUGCUCCGUGAAUGGGGUAAAUGCACUCUCCAAACUCUAGUUGUUACUUAUUAUUGUUAUUACGGGGGCUUCUAUCAAAAGUGGUUCUUCGUACAUAUAAAAAGAAAUCAAACUCAGCCCGGACUACCUGGAAUUUCUAUAGAUAGUCAGCUAAGACACAGCUGCUGCAUCAUACCAAUUCAUACUGUUGAUGGAUAUCAGACUGAUGAAUAG